AUUGCCGUCUUCCACCACCAGCACCUCGCAGACGGGACCGGCAGGAGCCAGCGAAAGGGCACCCAGGCACCCAGGCACCCACCAACCACCAACCACACUCUUGGAAUCGGCCCUGGGCUCUUCUUGGGGCUGCAAACCAGGCUCGGGAAUACGCUGCCAGAAAGAGGUCCGACGCACGGCGCUGCCUGGCAUCGCAACAGCCGAAAGCGAGAAUGGACCUCUACUACUCGGUCCACGGGCGUGAUGUGUCCAGCUUCGACCUGCCCUCGACGCAUCGGCUACCGACAGUCUCAGCCGCACAGGCGCAUGCGGAUCUAAGCUGUGACCCCUCGCGGUUCGUAUCCACGGGUCUUGACGCCUUGGACGCGCAGCUUUCCGCGGCCCCCGGUGACGGCGGCGGCGGCGGCGGCGGCGGCGGCGACGACGACGACGACGACGACCAUGGCGGUCGCACACCGGCCGCCACAGCGUCAGUUGGGGGUGGCGUGCGGAGGGGCAUCGUAACCGAGAUAUGGGGGCCGCCUGGGGUUGGCAAGACAUCGCUUGGGCUGCACCUCGCCUCAAACGUCCUCCGUGAAGGACGGGCAGUGGUGUGGGUAGAUGCCUUCAAUAAAGUGUGCCCUCCGAGAUUGAACGUGGCCGCCAGCGCAGACGAGAUCGGUGACGGCGGCACGAGGCUGGACGAUAAUUUCGUCCACUACACGUGUCCGACCCUCCCCCAUCUCAUCGCCCUGCUCUGCAGGCCGAGGGUAGGGUGCAUCCCACACAACACGUCGCUGGUUGUUGUCGACUCUCUGUCGAUACUGGUCAACCAUGCCUUCCCGAGGAUCGCAGACUCGAAGCCUAUCACACUCAAGAACGGCACCAAAGUUCCGUCGCAGGCUGCCAAGCGACAGCAAACUCUACAGUAUGUGGCCGGGGCGUUGCAGAAGCUUGCGGCGACCCGCAAUCUUGCCGUUGUCGUCCUGAGCCAAUGUGUCACCCGAAUGCAGGCCGGUAUUAGCGAGCGGGGGGCCGCCUCCCUCAUCCCCGCCGUUAACGCCAGCGCGUGGGAGGAGGGCGUCUCCACACGCGUGGUCCUCUUCAGGGACUGGUCCAUGCAGAACGGCACCGCGACAGCUGCCCGCUUCGCCGCUGCCCUGAAAAUCAACGGCAAGAGAGUGGAGGACGAGGACGUCCGGCUGGCCGCCUUUGAUAUUGGAACCGCCGGGUUGAUACCUGUAACACUCGACCACGGCAGCGCGCAAGACACGGCAUCGUUGACGUUUGCUGCUCAGCCCAAGCGCCGGCGUGGCGAUGGAGAGGUGGAGAUUGCGGACAGCGACGAUGACGGCGACGAUGAAGACUACGGCUGGCAAGACGAUGAUGCCACGUCGCUCCCACCAAUGCCGCCGCAGUGGCAGGGAAGCGAGGACAUCCUGCUUGGCCAGGACCCGGACGAUUCCGAGGGCGAGGGAGACGACAGCGACGGGCAAGGCGAGCCGGUGGCCAAGGAGACCGAGGAGGACGAGACGGAGGAAGCCGUUGCCAAUGCCGGCAGCCACACCCACCGGUGA